UUAAAGCUAUCUUUUGGGAACAUGACUGUAGAAAUGAAUAUCUUUAGGGUAGCCAAACAUCAGGACACUGAGAGUGAAGUGGAGGAGGUAGACUUGAUCCAAACACUGACCAAUGACUGUUUUGAAGAGUUCAUGAGAAGACCCAAAGAAGGAAAUCAAGAUCUUGAAGAAAUAAAAGAAGUGGAAGUCAUAAGCAAAGAAAGUGAGAAGCCUACAUGGAUGCCUGGUUUAGAGCCAUUAAGAAACUUGGACAGUAAGCUCAUGGCUCCUGAUAGCCAUCAGUCCACGCCUGAGAGAAAGCCAUUGCCCAGUGAUUUGAAGUAUGUCUUUCUAGGAGAAGGGGAAGCAUUCCCAGUGGUGAUCUCUUCAAGUUUGACACCUCAGCAAGAGCAACAACUGAUAGAAGUUCUAAAAGCACACAGGAAGUCAUUAGGAUGGACCAUUUCAGAUUUGCAAGGUAUUAGCCCUUUGAUCUGUACUCAUAAGAUAUUCUUGGAAGAAGGAGCAAAACCAGUUAGGCAAAUGCAAAGGAGAUUAAAUCCCAACAUGAAAGAAGUUGUCAGAAAAGAAGUGCUUAAGCUAUUGGAUGCUGAAAUAAUUUACCCAAUCUCUGAUUCUAAGUGGGUAAAUGUUCCGUUUGAAUGGAGUCCUGCCUGUCAAAAUGCUUUUGAUAAAUUGAAAGAUGCACUCAUUUCAGCACCUAUCAUUCAGUCCCCUGAUUGGUCCCUCCCGUUUGAACUUAUGUGCGAUGCUAGUGAUUAUGCGGUAGGAGCUGUGUUAGGGCAGAGGAAGGAUAAGAAACCUCAUGUGAUAUAUUAUGCUAAGUUCAACAUUGAAAUCAGAGACAAGAAGGGAGUAGAAAAUGUGGUGGCUGACCAUUUGUCAAGGAUUCCAAGUCAAGAUCUCACACAAUUUGAUGAACCAAUUCAUGACAAUUUCCCUGAUGAGCAACUGUUUAAAGUGAAUGUUAUUCGUGCAUCAUCUGUUGUCCCUUGGUAUGCCGACAUUGCGAACUACCUGGCAACUGGUUUGAUCCCAGACCAUUGGAGUAAGCAAGAUAGGAAUAAAUUCUUCAGAAAAGUCAGAACCUUCUUUUGGGAUGAGCCCUACCUCUUCAAGUAUUGUCCUGACCAAAUCAUCCGUAGAUGCAUACCCGAUCAUGAGCAACAAAGUGUUAUCAAUUUCAGUCAUACUCUUGCAUUUGCUGUUGACUAUGUGUCCAAAUGGGUAGAAGCAAUCCCGGCCAGAACAAAUGACCAUAGGACUGUCGUGAAAUUUUUGAAAGAAAACAUAUUCAGUCGAUUUGGGAUGCCACGAGCAAUCAUCAGUGAUGGGGGUUCCCAUUUUUGUAAUAAAGUUGUGGCAGGAUUAAUGAAGAAAUAUGGUGUACUGCAUAAGGUUGCAACACCAUACCAUCCCCAAACCAAUGGUCAAGCCGAGCUAGCCAAUAGGGAGAUUAAGCGCAUAUUGGAAAAGACUGUUGCUGCUAAUCGUAAGGAUUGGUCCUUAAGACUAGUAGACGCUCUUUGGGCAUACAGGACAGCUUACAAAACAAUUUUGGGAAUGUCUCCCUAUAGGCUAGUAUACGGUAAAUCUUGUCAUCUGCCGGUGGAAAUUGAGCAUAAAGCAUAUUGGGCAAUUCAUAAGAUCAACAAGAGUCUAACUGAAGCAGGCUUAUCCAGGAAGCUCCAAUUGAAUGAACUUGAGGAAAUUCGGAAUGAAGCAUUUGAAAAUGCACGAUUGGCCAAGGUUCGCAUGAAAGAGUUACAUGAUCGGCACAUCAUUCGAAAAAGCUUUCAGGUAGGGCAACAGGUACUCUUGUACGAUUCUCGAUUGCAUCUAUUCCCAGGAAAAUUGAAGUCUCGAUGGGUCGGCCCUUUUGUAAUCAAGUUCAUCUCAGGAUAUGGGUCAUUUGAGAUAGAAAAUCCGGAGUCAGGACAGCUUCUAACAGUCAAUGGUCAUAGGUUGAAACCAUACCAGGGUAGUGUUGAGGAGAAUGAAGGAGUUGUGGAUUUGGAUGAUCCACCAUCAUCUGAUGAAUAAGGGAAGUUUCAUGUCGUCUGGGAAUCUGACGUUAAAAGACCACCUUUCCAUUUAGGUUAA